AUGAUGAUACUGCCAAAAAGAAUGAGGCCACUGCUGUUCCUGGCUUCCCAGAUGGCCAUCUUUGUUCUUUUAUUCCAUCUAUAUGGCCACAACUUCAACCCCCUGUCCACGAAGGAGGAGCCCAAGCCCACGCAUGUGCUGGUCCUGUCUUCCUGGCGCUCUGGCUCUUCUUUUGUGGGACAGAUUUUUGGGCAGCACCCAGAUGUCUUCUAUCUGAUGGAGCCUGCCUGGCACACCUGGAUGACCUUCACAAAGAGCACUGCCCAGAGGCUGCAUAUGGCGGCCAGGGACCUGAUACGUGCCGUGUUUCUGUGUGACAUGAGUGUCUUUGAUGCCUACAUGAAACCUGGCCCUCGGAAACAGUCCAGCCUCUUCCAGUGGGAAGGCAGCCGGGCCCUGUGUUCCCCUCCUGCCUGUGACGUCUUUUCACGGGAUAUGAUCAUACCCCAGACUCACUGCAAAGUUCUGUGCAGUCAACAGCCUUUUGAGGUGGUAGAGAAGGCCUGUCGCUCCUAUCGCCAUGUGGUGCUCAAGGAGGUGCGCUUCUUCAACCUGCAAGUACUCUACCCGCUGCUGAGAGACCCUUCCCUCAAUCUGCACAUUGUGCACCUGGUGCGGGACCCCCGGGCAGUGUUCCGUUCUCGAGAGCACACCACACACGAACUCAUGACUGACACCCGCAUUGUGAUGGGGGAGCAGUGGGAGAAACUCCCAAAGGAGGACCAGCCCUACUCUGUGAUGCAGGUCAUCUGCCAAAGCCAGAUGGAGAUCUACAAGGCUGUGCAGUCCUUGCCCACAGCCCUGAGGCAACGCUACCUGCUCAUACGCUAUGAGGACCUGGUCCGGGACCCCCUUGGCCACACCGCCCAAAUGUAUAAAUUUGUGGGGUUGAAAUUCUUGCCCCACCUCCAGACCUGGGUGUACAACAGCACUCGAGGCAAGGGCAUAGGUAAUCACGCCUUCCACACUAAUGCCAGGGACGCUCUCAACGUCUCUCAGGCCUGGCGCUGGACCUUGCCUUAUGCAAAGGUUUCUCGACUUCAAAACAUCUGCAGUGAUACCAUGACUUUGCUGGGCUACCACCUUGUCAGAUCUGAGCAAGAGCAGAGAAAUCUGUCACUGGAUCUUCUGUCUACCUAGGCCCCCUCCAAGUAAGUCUAGCAAGAGGAUUGAGGAGGCUCUGUCCCCACCUGGCACCAGCCUCAGCCACAUUAACGGAAGUCUUCUGAGCCUGAAUUACAUCUCUGUUGGUGCACAUGUGAGCAUGGGUUGUGCUCACACAUGCUCAAGCUGGGAAAUCUCUGUGUAUCUACUCAUGCCGAGUAGAGAUUUAGGAACCUAUACGGGCAGCACAUUCCACCACUGAAAAAGGAGUGUCGCCUUUCUUCUCUUCUUGGCCUUCCUAUUUGUGUAUACCUCAAAGACUUCGUGGCCUGGGGUCCUAUUUGACACCACACAGUAUCAGUGGAGUAAAUCCAUAAACUUCUCUGUCCCCAGUGGGGCUGGAAAACUAAUGAAAUGGGUCUUCUGCCAAAGAGCCCACCAGAAUAUUCCACACAGAUGUCAACUUGGAGCCCACGGAGCUUCUGAGUGGAUUCAAAAUGGAAACAGAACAGGGUUGGAUGCUUACUGGUGAGCCUGGCCAUCAAAGCUAUCAGUUAUCACAAAUACAAAGUGAGAUCUCUGUACAACAGAGCAAGCUCUUAACCUCAUUGGGUGGUGGGUCCCAUGUGGACACCAUUUCCCCUCAGUGUUUUCCUAUCACAUAGAAAAUUUUGACUUGUGAAGCUGCCAUCCAUUAACACUAAAAUUCUAAAUAGGAUUUGGAGUUUCCCCUUUUAUGCUUUCCAACUACUUAGUAAUAAACAUAAUUCUUAUAGGAUCCUAACCU